AUGCCGCACAGCGAAACAUCCACAAUCGCCGUCCCGGACGACGCUCACCAUGUUUCCCAUCACAAACAUGAGAAGCACGCGGAGGAGCGUCCGGGCCACAUCACCUUCACCGACAGCACCCAGGGCAACCGCGACCUCACUCUGACGAGGACGCGGACACACGAGUCGCACAAUGACAACCGCCCCGACCUGUCCUUCCCUUUCGCCACCACCGAUACCAGCCGUGGUGGCUUCACCGAUGAGUACCGUGCCGUAUCAGAGAGCGGUUUCAUGGCCGCGGACCUCGCGCUGCGGCCUGUACCCUCCCAUGUCUACCGUAUGCCCCAAGCGCUCGCGGACCCGGAGAAGGCACGCGAGCUCAAGCAGAUGAAGUUGGUAACAUGGAAAGAAUCCGAUCCCGAGGAUCCUCGUAACUGGUCGAACGCGUACCGGUGGUACAUUACCGCUAUUUGUGCCAUCGCCGUCGUCCAGGUCGCGUUUGCGAGUGCGGUCAUCACGGGCGACUUCAAGGACAUCGAGUCAGAGUUCCAUGUUGGCGAAGUCGUGACGGCGUUGAGCGUUUCGCUCAUGGUCGUCGGGUUCGGUAUUGGUCCUCUCGCCUGGUCACCUCUCAGCGAGCUCUACGGCCGGCGACCAAUCUGGAUGAUUCCCAGUUUCAUCUACGUCAUCUUCAACAUCCCCUGCGCCCUCGCACCCAACAUCCAGACGCUCCUAAUCUGUCGGUUCUUCUGCGGUAUCUUCGCGUCUGCGCCCCUCACCCUCGCUGGCGGUACCAUCUCCGACGUCUGGGACAACAACGAGCGUGGUAUGGCGAUCGCUCUGUUCGCCGCCGCGCCCUACGGUGGUCCCGUCCUCGGUCCCAUCGUCGGUGGCUUCGUCGGCGAGACUGUCGGCUGGAGGUGGAUCAUCUGGGUCAACAUGAUCUUCGCGGGUGUCGUGACGGCAUUCACGUUCACGAUCCCGGAGACCUUCGCUCCCACGCUCCUUCGGAAGCGUGCGCAAAUGUUGCGUGAGACGACGGGCGAUAUGACUAUCACCACAGAGCAGGAGUUGUUCCGUGCGUCGCUCUCCCAAAUUAUCGUCGAGACCCUCCUCCGGCCAUUCCAAAUGAUCGUGACCGAGCCCAUCCUGCUCCUCAUGAGCCUGUACAUCGCCCUCAUCUACGGCCUCCUCUACGCCUUCUUCUUCUCGUACCCCGUCGUCUUCGGCGAGUACUACGGCUGGAACGACGGCAUGGUUGGCCUCACAUUCUGCUCUGUCCUCAUCGGCGUUGCUCUUGCGAUCUGCGUCACUCCCCGCAUCGAGCGCGACUAUCUCCGCCGCGCUGCUGAGAAGGGCGGGCGCGCCGACCCCGAGGACCGUCUCCCCGGCAUGAUGAUCGGGUGCUGGUUCGUCCCCGUCUCGCUGUUCAUCUUCGGCUGGACGAGUCCCCCGGCUGUCCUGCCUGGUGGCGGCAACUGGGUCGGCCCCGUCGCCUCUGGUGUUCCCUUCGGCUUUGGAAUGGUCAUCAUCUACUUCUCAGCCAACGCGUACCUGAUCGACGCGUUCCCUGGCUACGUCGCGUCUGCACUUGCUGCGAAGACCGUCAUCCGUUCCGGCUCCGGUGCUGCCAUGCCCCUGUUCAUCACCGCCAUGUACCACAACCUGGGCAACGGUUGGGCGGCGUCCACUUGGGCCUUUAUCUCUGCUGCUAUGAUUCCCAUUCCGUUCUUGUUCUAUCGUUACGGGCGUGCGAUCCGUUCGCGUUCAAAGCGUGCGGCCGCGUAA